CCUUCCUCCACAGUGCAGCCGGGGCCACGGAGCAGUCCUUGCUGCUGAGCCGGAGGCAAACAUGGACCAGGAAACCCUGGGCAACAUUGUCCUGCUGGCCAUCGUCACCCUCAUCAGCGUGGUCCAGAACGGGUUCUUCGCCCACAAGGUGGAGCACGAAAGCAGGACCCACCCUGGGCGGAGCUUCCAGAGGACCGGCACGCUGGCCUUUGAGCGGGUCUACACUGCCAACCAGAACUGUGUCGACGCGUACCCCACUUUCCUUGUCGUGCUCUGGAGUGCGGGGCUACUGUGCAGCCAAGUUCCUGCUGCCUUUGCUGGGCUGAUGUACCUGCUUGUGAGGCAAAAGUACUUCGUCGGCUACCUAGGAGAGAGAACUCAGAGCAUACCUGGCUACAUUUUCGGGAAGCGAAUCAUCCUGUUCCUGUUCCUCAUGUCCCUUGCUGGUAUAUUCAACUAUUACCUCAUCCUGUUUUUUGGAAGUGACUUUGAAAACUACAUAAAGACCAUCACCACUACUAUCUCUCCUCUGCUUCUCAUUCCCUAACUGCUGGAUGCAAGGAUGCUACUACCCUCACCUGAUCCAUACCUAGAAGUCACCGUCACUCAGCCCCUCCAGGGUGCGGCCCCUCUGAGCUAGGGAGUCAAUCUGACCACCAUCUGGGCUUCCCAGCAUGAGUUCACCUUGUUUUUCCUGGAGAGAAGAAUUCUGCGUCAGCCCUGCCCCCUGAAAAUGCAGGCCCCGGGUUUGUUAUUCAGACCCACUCUGUGCUCCUUGACUUAUCCUGCUUUCUGAAGAUGUUUUGGGACCAGAUUUGUGUUUUCCUAAAAUAAAAUGCAGAGAUGCGUUUG